UGAGCCAAUUUUACAACACAAGUCUCUUCUUGGGAAAGUUUGGUUGUUUUUAAGGCUAGUGGGAAUUUGUUUUCUGGGAAAAUCCCAAUAGAGUUGACCAGCCUUUCUCAGCUAAAUACUCUGUUACUCGAUGGCAAUCGACUUUCAGGGGAAUUACCAUCGCGGAUCAUCUCAUGGGGGUCCCUGGAUACUUUGAAUCUCUCAAGAAAUGAGCUUUCAGGCCACAUUCCAGCAGCUAUUGGUUCUUUGCCCGACCUACUUUACUUGGACUUGUCAGGAAACCAAUUCUCAGGUGAAAUCCCAGCUGAGUUUGGCCACUUGAGGCUCAAUUCCCUCAACUUGUCUUCCAACAAGCUUUCUGGGAAAAUCCCAGAUGUGUUUGCUAACCGUGCAUAUGAAGACAGUUUCUUGAAUAAUUCCAAUCUAUGCGCGGGUACCCCAAUUCUAAAUCUUCCCAGAUGUUACACCAACAUCAGUGACUCUCACAAGCUGUCCUCUAAAUUCCUUGCCAUGAUUUUAGUGCUUUCUAUUGCUGUGUCUCUAGUUACUGUUUUAUUGACCUUUUUUAUAGUCAGAGACUACCGGAGGAGAAAGCGCGGUCAAGACUUGGCAACAUGGAAGCUCACCUCAUUCCACCACAGAUUGGAUUUUACAGAGUUCAUUGUGUUGGCCAAUUUGACAGAUAACAAUCUCAUUGGAAGUGGAGGAUCAGGGAAAGUUUAUCAGGUUAGUACUAACUGCCCGGGUGAAUUCGUAGCUGUGAAAAGGAUUUGGAAUACCAGCAAAUUGGAUGAGAGGCUCGAGAAAGAAUUCAUUGCUGAGGUUGAGAUACUGGGCACAAUCCGGCAUUCGAACAUUGUUAAGUUGCUGUGCUGCAUUUCCAGCGAGAAUUCGAAGCUUCUUGUAUACGAAUACAUGGUGAAUCAGAGCCUGGAUAAGUGGCUACAUGGAAAGAAGAGAAGGUUAGCAUCAGGCAUGGGAGUGGUUCACCAUGUUGUUUUGGACUGGCCAACCAGGUUGCAGAUUGCAAUAGGGGCUGCACAAGGCUUGUGCUACAUGCACCAUGACUGCUCUCCACCAAUAAUUCAUAGAGAUGUGAAGUCCAGCAAUAUCUUGUUGGAUUCUGAAUUCAAGGCUCGUAUAGCAGAUUUUGGGUUGGCCAAGAUUUUGGCAAAGGAUGGAGAUCACCACACAAUGUCUGCUAUUGCAGGCUCCUUUGGCUACAUGGCACCAGAGUACGCUUACACAACGAAAAUCAACGAGAAGAUCGAUGUUUACAGCUUUGGUGUUGUGCUCUUAGAACUAACAACCGGGAGAGAACCUAACAGUGGGGAUGAACAUACGAGCCUAGCAGAAUGGGCAUGGCGGGUAUAUAGCGAAGGAAAGACCAUCACCGAUACCCUCGAUGAGGAGAUAACGAAACCGUGCUACUUGGAAGAGAUGGCUACUGUGCUGAAACUAGGGCUCAUUUGUACUAGUACAUUACCUUCAACUCGGCCUUCCAUGAAGGAAGUUCUGCACAUUCUUCGUGGGUAUGGUCCCUCAGAAGGCUUUGAAGUGAAAAAGAUGGGAAGUGACCUUGAUGUUUCUCCCCUCCUUAGCAGUGCCACCUACCUUUCCAGUUACAAACGCUGUAAAAAGGCGGACGAUAGCUUAGUUUACAGUGUGUGAUGUACUAAAGAAAUCUCAUGUUAGUCAUAUGCGGCCAAACCACUGGUAAGGCUGGCAUUUGACACCCCUUUAAUGGAGAACUUUCCUAUCACUGGUUGUAUAGGGCCAUGUGUCUAUCUCUCUCAUCACGUACAUGCUUGUAUAACCAAUUACAUGUAAGAUUUUCUUCACAUUACGAGACUGGGUUAGCCAUAGACUCGUUUAAAGAUCAGUACAGCUUGCACAUAGGUAUCGACUACUCUUUUUGAAGAUUCAGCUCUGUAAGACCAUACGGGAAGUAUUGCAUACACUUUUGUAGUUACAAAGGCUUCUUAGACUAUCAGCUCUGUCAGACCAUACGGGAAGUAUUGUAUACAGUUUUGUCGUUGCUUUUUAGUCUCAAUUUUGCAGUCGAUGUUUCUUCUC